AUGCCUUCUCGCGCAGAGGUCGCCUACUUCGGCGCAGGGCCAGCCCCUCUACCAACCCCUGUCAUUGAAGAAAGCGCUAAGGCUUUCAUCAAUUUCGAAGACACCGGUCUCUCUUUGGCCGAAAUCUCCCAUCGCUCACCCACGGCGAACAAGAUCCUCGCCGACGCCAAACAAGCACUUACAGCGCUUUAUGACAUCCCAGAUGACUACGAUAUCUUCUUUAUGCAAGCCGGCGGGACCGGAGAGUUCAGUGCCGCCUGCCAAAACCUGGUUGGGUGCUGGAUCGAACAGCGGCGGAGAAAGGCCGUUGCAGAUCUCGGCGAGGGCAAGGAUGACGAGGUCCUCGCACGUGUGAAGAAGGAAAUCGAGAACGAGCUGAAACUCGAUUACCUCGUCACUGGGUCUUGGUCGCUCAAGGCCAGCCAGGAGGCCACACGACUACUCGGCGCAAAGUACGUCAACGUCGCUCUCGACGCGCGGAAAGGCAACAACAACAAGUUCGGCAAGAUCCCGGCCGAGAGUGAAUGGAAAUUGACUCCCAAGGGAAGUGCACUGACGUACAUGUGCGACAAUGAGACGGUGGAUGGUGUAGAGUUCCCCAGCUUUCCCAAGUCCUUGGAGGAGAAUGACAGGAUAGUUGUGGCGGACAUGUCCAGCAACUUUGUGAGCAAGAAGCUCGAUGUUUCCAAGUACAGCGUGAUCUUUGGCGGCGCUCAGAAGAAUCUCGGUAUCGCUGGCAUCGCGGUGGUGAUCAUCCGAAAGUCGCUCCUCAGCCUUGUCCCACCGCCGACAUUCUUGCACCGACUCUCAGACGUGCUCCCCACUUCAGGGGCGUUGCCUCCCAUCAUGUUCUCGUUCUCUACGAUCGCCGCGAACAACAGUCUGUACAACACCCUGCCCAUCUUCAACCUGUACGUGGCCACGCUGGUGCUGCAGAGUUUGGUGUCGACAUUCAAGACGGUUUCGGGCCAGGAGGAGGUCGCCAACCAGAAAGCCAAGCUGAUUUACGACACGCUCGACGCCUAUCCGGAUCUCUACCAUGUUGUGCCCGAUAGGAAUGUGCGUAGCCGCAUGAACAUCUGCGUUCGGAUCAUUGCCGGCAGGUCGGAAGGCGCCGUGACGCCGGACGACGCAAAGGAGAAGGCGUUCCUGGCCGGUGCAGAGAAGCGGAACCUGCUGGGACUGAAGGGCCAUCGAUCGGUUGGUGGUAUCAGAAUCAGCAAUUACAAUGCCGUGCCCGUUGAGAACGUGCAGAAGCUGGUACAAUGGCUGAAUGAGUUUGCAAAGGCUGGGUGA